AUGGAAAUCCACUGUAAGCACGACCCGUUUGCAGCAAUGCAUACAUCGUUUGUUGGGCAUGGCGGGGUGAAUCAGCUCGGAGGGGUCUUUGUGAAUGGUCGCCCCCUCCCUGAUGUUGUCCGACAGCGGAUCGUAGAGCUGGCCCACCAAGGGGUGCGACCCUGUGACAUCUCCAGGCAGCUCAGGGUGAGCCACGGCUGCGUUAGCAAGAUUCUGGGCAGGUAUUAUGAAACUGGAAGUAUUAAGCCAGGAGUUAUUGGAGGAUCCAAACCAAAGGUCGCUACACCCAAAGUAGUAGAUAAAAUCGCCGACUACAAGCGCCAAAACCCCACCAUGUUUGCCUGGGAGAUUCGAGAUAGACUGUUGGCAGAGAGAGUCUGUGACAAUGAUACAGUGCCUAGUGUCAGUUCUAUUAACAGGAUUAUUCGAACAAAGGUACAGCAGCCUCCAAACCAGCAAUCGCCAGUCACAUCCCACACUAUAGCACCAAGCACAGUGGCAGUAACUCCAGUUCCUUCUGCUGCCACGGACCCUGCGGGAUCUUCCUACUCCAUCAGUGGCAUUCUGGGGAUUACACCUUCCAGCGCUGAGAAUAACAAGAGAAAACGCGAUGAAGGUGCUCAGGAAAACCCAAUGCACAACGGACACUCCCACCCGAGCCGGGAUUUUCUGCGGAAACAGAUGCGUGGCGAGCUCUUCACACAGCAGCAGCUAGAAGUGUUAGACAGAGUCUUUGAAAGACAGCACUAUUCAGACAUCUUCACAACUACAGAACAGAUCAAAUCAGAGCAGAAUGCGGAGUAUUCCACCAUGGCGUCACUGGCUGGGGGACUGGAAGAUAUGAAGUCAAGUCUAACAAAUUCAGCUGACAUAGGGGCCAGCGUCCCAGGACCUCAGUCUUACCCCAUUAUAACAGGUCGCGAUUUGGCCAGCACGACUCUUCCUGGCUACCCUCCCCAUGUGCCCCCUGCUGCACAGGGCAGUUACCCAGCCCCAACACUGACAGGGAUGGUGCCUGGAAGUGAUUUUUCUGGGAGUCCAUAUUCCCAUCCGCAGUAUACAACUUAUAAUGACUCCUGGAGAUUUCCCAAUGCUGGAUUAUUAAGUUCCCCCUAUUAUUACAGCACUGCAACCCGUGGGUCGGCACCAGCGGCUGCCGCUACAGCCUAUGACCGUCACUAG